AUGGAUGGCGUAUCAGACCUGGUAAAUGACUCAAAAUUGAGCGUUCGGUUUUACGAAGAUCACUUCUAUAACGAAGUAUUCGAUCUUGACUCCAAAAAACCAGGAGGCCCUCUCCGUCGACGAAAGAAGGAGCAGAAAUGGAUCAGAGAAAGACGCCUUGGCCGAGGCACCUUUGGAGAUGUUUGGCUAUACAAAUGUGAUGAGGACGUGGGAACUAAAUUUCAAGCCGUCAAAGUGAUUCCCAGACUAUCACACUCGACCAAGGCUAUUGACUACACACGGGAGCUGGAAGCAAUGUUCAAGUUCUCGCAUCGAAAGUAUGAGGGCCUAUUUGUGGAAUCCUUCGGAUGGUUUGACAAUCCUCACUCCGUUUUUGUGACUAUGGAAUACAUCGAACUAGGGGAUCUAGAGCAGCACCUUGACCAACCGCUGAAGGAAGCCGAAGCUCAACAAAUCUCAUCUCAACUGCUCGAGGGACUGGAGCACAUACAUAGCAAUGGGUUCGCGCAUCGCGAUCUCAAGCCCGCGAAUAUAUUUGUCGUGCAGAAAGGCCCGCAUUGGUGGGUGAAAAUUGGCGAUUUCGGCGUCAGCAAGCGCACGAGAGAGGGCGAUUCCGCAUUUCAGACGGUAGCAGGUACACCAGGAUUCUGGGCUCCUGAGGUCAACAUGACAUUGGGGAGAGAUGACAUUCAGUACACCCCGAUGGUGGACAUCUGGUCGCUUGGAAUCAUGUUACACUACAUACUUACUGGAUGUUUGCCGUUCAGUCAGCACCUUCAGUUGCGGAAGUAUAUUCAGGACGGCCAACUCCCUACAGCGCUUUUGAAUGCUCGUGGUGUCAGUUCCGAGUGUAGAAUAUUCAUACAGAAAUUGCUGGUGGUAGAGCCUACUGCACGUUUGUCUGCAAGAGAUGGGCUACUGCAUUCGUGGAUCCAAAGCCUUUCUCAACAUUCUGAAGUCAACAAUCAAGACCUAGAGUCCGCCCAAGGCUAUCUUGGAGAUAGAAUACGGCAAAAGAACGAGGCUCUUUCACUAUCGAUACCUAAUCCACAGCCUCCCCCGAGCCAGGACGACAUUCAGGGCACCACGGCCAAGCAAUCUAAUGCGAAGUCGAUGAGAAAAGAAAAUAGAAGGCGCCGAAAAGAACAAGACACCACUAGAUUCGAACAGGAAUGCGCUUACCUUCAUUCUCGGGGCGAAGUCGCUUAUCGCAGGCUCUGGGCUUGGAAGGCAGAGAGGAUAUUUCGCAUUGUCCACAAUAAACGCAAAUCAAGAUUAGGAGCUGACCACCCACUGACACUUGAGUCUCUCCAUUGCCAAGGUAAGUCUCUAUUCCGGUUAGGAGUGGUAGACGAAGCAGAAAAAGUGCUUGGAGAGGCGUACGAAAAACGAAAGGCUAUUCUAGGCCCUUUGCACCAAGACACUCUUGAGUCUUUAUAUCAAAUAGGAUGUGGUCUGUUGUCGCAAGGGAUGGAAAAGAAGGCACUGGAACCACUAUGGGAGGUUUAUCACGCGCAAAAAGAGUUAGUCGAAUCCGGUGGUGGCGGAUCUAUGAAGUCUGUGGAAAGCCUUACCGAAUGCCUGCAAAAGCUUGGAAAGCAUACUCAGGCAUUAAAGUUGCUUCUGAGGCAUUACAAAAAGCUAAAGGCAAGACCAGACCCAUACGACUACACAUUCUUAGGAAUUGCCCAAUGCCUUGCACCAUGUCUGAGGGAGCUUAAGAGGUACGGUGAAGCGGCAAGUGUCUAUCGCGAGAUAGCCGAAUCUUGGAGGACGAAAACCGGGUUGCGCUUCCUUAUAUUCGAUCGGAUGAUUGACGGUGGCAACUGUCUUCUUGCUGGAAGGUUAUUCAAGGAGGCAGAGGUUCUGUUCACAGACCUCUACGAGCAAGAAGUGAAAUACUACGGAAUCGGUCAUUGGAAAACAUCUUACGCCGCCCAUGGCCUUGGUGCAUCUUUCUAUGGCCAAGGGGAAAUGAGAAUGGCCCAUAAAAUGUUCCGCAAAGCCUAUGAAUGUCGACGAAAAGCUUUGGGAGACGACGAUGCUCUGACUCGCGAGUCAUUGCAACGGAUGAUCGAAGCAGAAUCUGGUAUACAGAAACUCUUGAACCGAUUUUCCAGAGCUUCCAAAAGGAUGGCACUUAGCAUAGUCUAG